UCCAGCUGUUUAGCCGAGCCGAGCUAAAGAUGGCCGCCGCGACCAUGGCGGGGCCCGACGCCCACAGGCUGGAGGAGAAGAAGCUGGAGUAUUUCUCCUCCAUCAACUCCAUGGCGAAAAAAAUCAUGCUGGAGCGGGAGAAGAUCAAGGCCAAGCACGGGCCGGGCUGGGAGAAGAUGACGCCGGGCGAGCAGGACAGCGCCAUCGACAGCUGGAUGAUGGACCCGCACAUCCGAGCCCGCUACGCCAUGCACAGGGUGGAGCGGGACGAGGUGGUGUGUUACCCCAAGCUGCUGCUCCAGACGGGCCAGAAAGUGGUGCACUUCGGAGACGAGGAUAUCACCUGGCAAGACGAACAUUCUGCCCCCUUCUCGUGGGAGACCAAGAGCCAGCUGGAGUUCAGUGUAGCGUCGGGCCCUGCAGACCAGGGCGUCUCCUCCUCCUCCACCUCCUCCUCCUCCGCCCAGGCUGACUCCAAGACCACGAAGGCGCUUCAGGCCAGCCAGUUUAGCAAGAACCCAGCAGGCACCAAGGCUUCCGGCGGGGACAGCCUGGGUCGUAGGGUAGAGGAGUCCUCCUCCUUCUGGAAGAUUAGCGCCGAGAGGUCCAGGCUGGAGGGAGAGAAGGCGGACUUCCAGUCCCUGACCCCCAGCCAGAUCAAGUCGCUAGAGAAAGGAGAGAAGACCCUCCCCUCCUACCUCCGACAGGAUAUAUCAAUCACCACCACUACCAAGGAGGCCGAGGCCACAGAGCCCAAUCCUCCAGCUCCUUGCAGGUCCACCAAGCUGCGAGCCCCAAAACCCCCUGCACCGCCACCCCCGAUCCCUGUUGCAGUGACGGCCACUCCGGCAGCCAUCUCCAUCACACCCAGCCCAGCCCCUGUGGUCUCGCCUGCAGUGGGGGGCUGGGAGCGAGCGCAGAGUACCCUACCGUCAGUUAGCAAUACGUUGGAUGAAAUGUUCUCUUCCAAUUUGAUGUCCAAAUCCUCCACCCUCCCCGCUAGCUUGGAGAAGGAGAAGGAUGAAGAGGACUCCUCCAGCCCCGCCUUCUCCCAAUUUAACACAAGCAGCAGCAUUCUGAAGACCGGAUUCGACUUCCUGGACAACUGGUAACCAAAAUGACGUCCCAUCUCCACCGCGGGUGACUCAGCCCCGUCAUCACUCUAAAUGGACCAUGAUGUCACAACUUCACAACGCCGUGUUUAGUUUGAAGAACUGCGAAUAGCUGUGUUGAACACUUCCGUUAUUUAUCAUCUGUGGCUUUUUAAGGGAGAUCCUGUACUACCACCUGUGUUUCCCCCCCGAAAAACCUCCCCCUAUUUAUUUGACCAGAGUUGAAUCUUUAAACCCAUAAACUUCUUUCUUAACAACCUGUCCUUAUAAAAUGCAAAAAAUAACCACAGCUUCAAAGUAAGAAUUUUAUCUUCAAAUACAGCAAUGCCUGGGUUUUCCCCAGAUGCUACUACUUGUUAGUGAGACUGACGUUGCACAAGUGCCGAUCUUAGAAAUAAACCCCCUCGGCUAGUAGGUACGUAGAAUUUCCACCCUUGUUCUUCACAGACGCCCUCGUCCGGUUUUCUCCAGUUUGAAGAGCUGGCGUAAUGAUGUUGUUUACUUUGUACUUGACUGUGUUCUGUAAAGCUUUGACAUUAGGGUUGUGUGAUGUCACGGAGCAUAGGGAGUAGUCCACUUACCGCCCGUCCUGGUCCAUCCAGAUUGGCUGAAGGGGGACGAGAGGUCUGUGGAGAUCGUUUGAGGAUUCAACUCUCGUCCUCGCCGCUCCCAACCCUUCGCUUACCUUUAUAUCGUAGACCUCGCGCUAGAGUAAAGCCGGUGUAGGUUUGUAAUGGAACUUUAGAGCUUGGAACAAAACGUGUCUUUCUUAAACAAGCAUGAAGUGCUUUGUACCACUUGCUAUGUAGAGCAAAUACCCACGUAAGAUUACUAUUUUACUGACUUUUGUAAGAAGUAUAUCCAUUGAUUGUAUCAUAUGCUAUAUACCGAACUCAUGCAUUUUGAGGUCACGGAUUAGAAGUGAGUAAAUAAAUAAA